AUCCCAAAGACAACAACGACAAUCCUCGAUUACACCGAUUAUAUCAAAGAAAGGCACUAUCUAUUACACCGGAACAGAGCACCUUACUGACUCGAGACAACAAAGUAAUAUAACAAUGCUGUCCGCCCUCGGAGGCAACCUGUCCAAUGCGCGACAAUCGAUUGCUCAGGUCCUAAACUUCGCCCUUGUCCUCUCUACAGCUUUCAUGCUAUGGAAAGGCGUUUCGAUAGUGUCGAACUCUAGCAGUCCCAUCGUGGUCGUGCUCUCCGGGUCUAUGGAACCGGCAUUCCAGCGAGGGGAUCUACUGUUUUUAUGGAAUCGGGGUGAGAGGGCUGAGGUGGGAGAGAUUGUGGUUUAUAAUGUUCGAGGCAAGGAUAUUCCAAUUGUCCACCGAGUCGUGCGAUCAUAUACCGAAGAAGACAAGAAGUUGAAGGCCAAGAAGACGAAGGCUGGGCUUCCUUACGUCGCACCCCAGAAAUUACUCACAAAAGGAGAUAACAACCUUGCCGACGACACCGAAUUGUACGCUCGAGGACAGGAAUUCCUAGAUCGCAAGGAGGAUAUUGUGGGUAGUGUCCGAGGAUAUAUUCCCGGGGUGGGAUAUGUCACAAUCAUGUUGAGCGAACAUCCAUGGCUCAAGACCGUAUUGUUAGGCGUUAUGGGAUUGAUGGUCGUUUUUCAGAGGGAGUGAUUCACUGUUGCUUUUUUCUACAGUAUGGUUUUAUAAGCGUUGCAUUUUGUGGGAUUCUUCUCCAGAUGGAAUACAGUACUUG